AUGAUAUGGGCCGGUAUCCAUUAUGGAGGGAAAACGCCACUGGUGGUUCCGGACGGAAACGUCAACGCCGCCGCCUACAGGGAUAUCUUGGAGUUCCACUGUCUUCCAUAUGCAAGACGAGUGCAUGGGCACAAUUUCCGACUGCAGGAUGACAACGCUAGACCGCACAGGGCCGCUGCAGUAAGGGAAUUCCUGGAGGCAGAGGGCGUCGUACAGUUGCCAUGGCCAGCUUGUUCGCCGGAUAUGAACCCCAUAGAGCAUGCAUGGGAUACCCUCGGCCGAGCCAUCAACGACAGAGAGGUCAUUCCUCAAAAUCUGCAGGAGUUGGCAGAUGCUCUGAGGGAAGAAUGGGACGCUAUGCCUGUUGACGUCAUCAACAAGCUAGUGGACAGCAUGCCACGACGUCUGCAUGCGCUGAUCGAGACAUCGUCGCAUGAAACUUGGACCAACCCUAACGAGAAAGAAUUGGAACAAGCUCUUGUUUUGGGUUCCAGGCGACAUUUACCUGGUUUCCUAACCAUAGGCAUUCCUACAGUCCAAAGAGAAACCGCACACUACCUCACCCAAACAAUCAAUUCACUGAUCGACAAAUCAUCCCCCGAGGAACGCUCCGAUGUCAUCAUUCUCAUCUUCCUCGCUGACUUCGAGGAAGAGAAGCGAUCCAAACUGAAGGUAUUGAUAAAAGAAAAAUACUCUUCUCAUCUAGAAGCUGGAUUCAUCCAAGUUAUCCAGGCCCCGAUGUCGUUCUAUCCUUCCCUGGAAAAUUUAAAAUCAAACUAUGGCGAUUCAAAGACAAGAGUUUACUGGAGAUCUAAACAGUGUGUUGAUUUUGCAUUCAUGUUCUUUUAUGGCAGUAGUCUUUCGGAAUACUACCUCCAAAUAGAGGACGACGUGUAUACGGUAAAUGGAUAUCUUGCAGCCGUUCGUGAUUUUAUUAAAGAUAAAAGCAACGUCCAGUGGGCGUCUCUGGAAUUCUCUACAUUAGGAUUCAUUGGAAAGCUCUUUCACGCCUAUGACUUGGAUAGACUUGCGACACUCAUAUUGGUGUUCUACCAAGACAUGCCCGUUGACUGGAUCUUCCUUCAUUUCAAAGAUUUAAACGCUCAACAAAAGAACCACGUCAGGAGACCAUCUAUCUUUCAGCACAGAGGUUUUAAUUCGAGUCUGAAAGAGAAGAGCAUGAAGAACGUUAUUGAUAGAACCUUUGUUGAUGACAAAGUCUGACAAAAUCGGGUUCUUUGGUCUGGACAAUCACGCUAAAGUAGUAAUAUAAAGAAAUGUAUAGAUUAAUGAUGUUUCAUGUGAAUUUGAGUAAUAAUUUUUUUUUGUAUUGAGAAGUUUUUAUUUAAAUAACAAAUAUUUAAUACAUAUAGCAAAUUAAAUAUCAUCUUUUUACAAAUUUUCUGUUUUCUUUUUGGAAGCACUAAUAUAUCAAUUCAAAAAAAUGUUCAACUUGCUACUUAUUUUUUUUUUUAAAUGCAUGACUUGUAUUAACACAGUAACAUAUCAGUGUUAUAUCGAACCUCCAUAUCAUCUUCCAAUACAUAUAUAAACUUUACUAAACUAUAUACGCUUUCUUUUCGAGUUUCAAAUAUUCACAACAUAACAUAAUACAA